AUGGACAGGUGUGGUGGGGCGGCAUACCAGGCUGCGCGUUGUCGUCCAUUUAUGAACUGCGUGGAUGCCAGCGGGCUGAUAGACGUGGAGUUCACUGGUCCAAGGUUCACUUGGCAGCAGGGUACUCUUAAACAAUGGCUGGAUAGAGCUUUGUGUAACGAGAGAUGGCUGAAAAAUUAUCCGCGCACGAUCACUCGUCCUCUUGAGAGGAUCAGCUCGGACCACAGGCCGAUUGUGUUGAUGGGAGAGGGUGGUCGAGAUUUUAGACCAGGCCCAAAGCCAUUUCGUUUUCUGGCGGAGCUACAACACUGGAACUGGGCCGUGUUCGGCCAUAUUCAAAGACAGAAGCGCAAAUCAGCGAAGCUAUUGUUAUCUGCCGAGAGGGAAAACGAGGCGGGAGCUAAUUCGGAAGCCUUGGAAAGAGAGCGUAGUCUGCGUCAAGACCUUGAGGAAACUUUGUGGCAGGAGAAUCUCUUAUGGUUACAGAAAUCAAGGGCUCAGUGGAUCGUAGAAUGUGAUCGGAACACUCGGUACUACCAUCUUUCCACACUCAAAAGGCGAUGCUUUAACAGGACACAGGGGCACAAGAGCAGUGAUGGCGUGUGGGUAUACGACGAAGUCGUCCUUCAGAAGCUUGCGAGGGAUUUUUUUUAUGGACCUGUACCAAGUAGAGAUGGGACCUUGCUUCCCAUUGCCGAUGGGGUUCCAGGCACUGACCUCAACGUAGUGGGGCAGUUUGGAGAGAGAGAUGGAUAG